GACGCCCCCAAGUGGUGCCACUGCCUUGUUCGCGGCCUGCCAUCGGGGCUCCGCAGACGUUGUUCGAGUCUUGCUGGAGGCGAGAGCAGACACAGAAGCAUGCACUGCGGGUGACACCACACCGCUCAUGCAGGCCUUGAAGCGCGGACACUUGGACAUAGUCCAACUGCUGGUUCAAGCCGGCGCUGCCACGCAUGGAAAGAACCGGGCUGGGGUCACGCCCCUUUUCCUGGCCUGCUAUCGAGGGCUGAUGGAAGCUGCGCGCGUGCUGGUGGAGGCUGGAACGAAGGAGCGGGUCUAUUCAGCGGAGGAUUUG